UGAUACCUUCUUUUCUCCUCUUCUCUAUCCCCUUUAGUUUCUUUGACCUUCUUUCCUCUCUUCUAUUUGCGGCCCCAACAUCACUAAUCCGAUUUUACAUGUGAAUCCUUCAUCACUUAACUUCAUCGGAUUCUCCAUUUGUUCCGCCGGAGAUAUCACAAAACGGACGGAUCUAUUCCGGGUUUGGGACAUGUGGCUCCUCAAUGAAGAUCGAAACAGCAACCUUGAGAUGAUGGGCAUGUCGGCUCGUUCCUCUAUCGCGUUUCGAUACUUCCCUACUCUAUUACCUUACCUCCCUCGGAAACUUCCAGAAACUAAGAUUGUUGAGUUGUUUAUUCAGAAUCCUGAGGAUUGGAAAAUAUCUAGAAAAGAUCGGGCUGUGCGGAUGCUAGAUGAUCCAGACCUCAUAAGGAUACUGAACAUCCCAAAUUGGAACUCCGAUACUGAGCGUGCCCUUAUGUGGUAUGAGAAGAGAGUUGAUCAUCAAUUUGUUUGUUCAGUCCUCGAGAUAGGCGUUAACAUAAAUGUCAAGAUCGAGUUUUUCAAGUGGGCUGCUAAAGUAAGACACUUUAAUCAUGAUAUCUCCACCUACGUGACCUUAAUACGUUGCCUUGAAGAAGCUAGGCUUUAUGGUGAUAUAUAUGAAACGAUGGAAGAGGUGAUCCGUAGCCCAUAUGUUGGAUUUAGCCCAGCGGUACUCUUUGAGUUUGUGAAAGUAUUUGGCCGAGCUAAGAAGAUGAACGAAGCUUUGUCGUUUUUUUACAAGGCGAAAGAACGCAAGUGUAGACCCACUUCUAGCACUUACAACUCGGUAAUUCUGAUGCUCAUGAAAGAAGGACUCCAUGAGAAAGUCCAUGAGGUUUACGCUGAGAUGUGUAACGAACGUGGCUGUUUUCCCGACAUGGUUACUUACUCUGCGCUUAUAUCCUCUUAUGAAAAAUUAGGCCGCGAUGAUUCUGCGGUAAGUUUGUUUGAAGAGAUGAAGGAUAACUCUUUGCAGCCUACAGAGAAAAUAUACACCACCUUGUUUGGAAUAUACUUUAAGGAGGGUAAAGUUGAGAAAGCUUUACAUCUUUUCCAGGAGAUGAAACGAGCAGGCAAAGCGGGUCGAGUGAAGGAUUUGAGAAAUGUCUUUAAUGAGAUGGGGAUGUGUAGUAGGAUCAAUGAGCUCGAGCAAAGCAUCCAUGACCUAAGAGCUGAGAUGAAUGCAGAAGGCACUCCUCCUUCCGCCUCUGAAUCAGUCGAUGAACCUAAGAGACCCGUUGUUUCCACUUUUAAAGCGUUCACACACAAGUUCUUUUGAUUGGCAGCAUUUUCCGAAGAAAAUACUAUGAAAUUCUUGAGACUUGAAAUGAGUUUUGGUUCGUUUAAACUCUAAAGGAUUGAUUUUAAUUUGUGAUUUUGUUUUGAUAACUAAUUUAUAAUACACUAUGAAAACGCGU